UUCUCACCAUUAAAGCAACCGCGCCCCCAGCUCGUCCAAGUGACGCAAUCAUAUACCGCUCAUCGAUCGCUCAUCACUCAUUUUGAUUCAAUAUUCGUGAUUCGGCACCUCGCGUCGGCCUGAAAUUGGCGCGACGAACGAUCAAUCAAUCCAUCGCACGCACGCGAAUCACAGAAAGCGGCGAGCGGCGAGCGGAAAAUCCGUUCACGCAAUCAUCCUUCUACUCCUCACUCGUCGCAUCCACCCCACCCCGCCCCAACCCACUCAACCUCACACUCACACUCACACUGUGCUGCAUUCACAAUGUCCAGCCUCGAGCACGACAAGAAGGCUGCCAAAGCUGAAAAGCGAGCGGCAAAGGAGGCAAAACGCGCGAACAAGGCCCUUCAAGCUGCUGCUGCUCCUCCUCCUCCUCCCCCUGCCUCCUUUGAUGCAGAGUUGGCCGCCAUGUUCUCCAACGCUCAACCUGCCUACUCGUCACUCGACACCUCCACUCAACAUGCAUCCGACAAAGCACCAUCACAUACGCAGCGCACUCAAGGCACUCGAUCAGCGCCACACUCGUCCACGCAAAACACAAAGAGACGCAAAGUGAGAUCAGAGGCUGAAGGUGAGCGGCAAGCGCCCGCACUGAGUGGUGGGCCAUGGUUGAGCGAUACGGACAGCGGAGAGAGCGAAUUGCAAGCCUUGUCCGAUGACAAGGCGCAACAGCGACGGCCCCAUGGCGACGAGGGCGGGAAAAGCGACGGGGAGGAAGGCGGAUCAGUGGAGUUGGUCCAUGAGUCCAUCCUGGCCGCUCGCAAGUCCGCCAAGAAGGGCAACAAUGGAGCGGCGCAUCCCUCAUCUGCAGAAGGGGCGGCCGCAAGCGAGCCCAAGGUCGUCGAAGCAGCCGGUGAAGACGACGGGAACAGUGAAAGCGCUCGAGCGAUCCGAGAUGCGCGGACGCUAUUCGUCGGCAAUAUUCCCUUGGCAGUCAUGUCGUCCAAGGCUCUGCGCAGGAAGCUCCUUCGUCAUCUUCAGCUCUGCUCUCCCUGGCCCUCUCGCACUUUGUUGGAGAAAUUGCGCUUUAGGAGCGUUCCAUUCGCAGUGCCCACAGGAGACUAUACCGCGCAGAAUGUCGAGGAGGCCAACGCCAAAGCAAAGAGGAGAGAGAGGGCUAGAGUGUGGAAGCAUGAGAAGGAGGAAGGUGCUGGAUCGGCACCCGCUCAAAAGUUCCUCACGCCUGCUCAAAAAAGAAAGGUGGCUUUCAUCAACGAGGAGCUCAACCAACAAGCUCAUUCCGUCAAUGCCUACGUCACAAUCGCGAUGCUGGACAGCGCAGAUGCAGACUCGCCCGCUGCAUCGGACUUCGAGAAGAAUCUUAAUGCGCAAGGCAUCGCUGCCCUCACCGCUCACCAAGCAGAUGGCACCGUGUUCGAAGGGCGACACUUGCGCGUGGACAUUAGCGCUGCUAUCCCAGCAUCUCAUCGAGGCGGUCUGCCACCAACCUCGUCCCUUGGCACUCCACGAUCGGAUGUGCAGGAUGCUCCAUUCACCGCAUUCGUCGGUGGUCUGGACUACAAUGCGGACGAAGAGAAAUUGUGGACCUGGUUCGACCUGCUUCUGAUCAACGAGAUGGGAACGCCUCCUACAUGGGAAGCGCUCGAGGACAGCAAGAUUUGGAAACGUAUGCCUGCACCUGAAUCUCGCGCAACGGAUGGAUCUGGCGCUGGUCAAAGCGAAGUGCAGAAGGGAAAAGAGAGCGAUGCGGAUACGUCAGACGGGUCAGACGAAGAGGAGUCCGGUCCCACGUCAAAGGCAACACAUUCGGACAAGAAGGCGUGCCCACCAGUGCCACAGCGCGGCAGCUCGUGGGUCAGAUCGAUUCGAUUGGUCCGAGACAAUGCGACGCAAUUGGGCAAAGGGUUCGGAUACGUCAGAUUCGCGAGCGAGAGCUGCGUAGACGAGGUUCUGGCACUCGCGGCGCAGGACGAAGCCGUGCUUGGCAGUCGCCAUACAGGUGCUGGCGGUGGGGACCGGAAUGCAAAAGCAUCGCAGGCUCGCGCUGCAGGGGUCAAGGAGUACAGAAGAAAGAUGAAGUUUGAAGGUCGACCUAUUCGCGUAUCCAAGUGCAAAAUGACCACAAAGAAUUCUGGUGCUGGAAGACGCGCACUCGAUCAAAAGAAGCAGAGGGAGGAGCUCAAGAGGAAACGCAGCGUCGAUGGCGAUGCGCAGGAAUCUCUCUCAACACCAUCCAGGGUGAGAAGUGCAGGAGCUCCUACACCUGGCGGAUCUUCGCCUGGACAAAAGAAGAGCGCUACAGUUGCGGACACGCCUACUCAGCAUCGACUCUCCUCUUCUUCAAAGCAAGUGGCCAACCCUGGCCCAUCCAUUCCGUACGACGCAGCCAAGCAGGCGCGCAUAGAAGCAAAAAGAAAAGAUCCGGAGAGAUUGAAGAGGAGGGCAGAGAAGAAGGAAAAGAAGAGAGCUGAAGAAGCUGAGGUCAGGAAGCUGAGGGAUGUGCUGGGAGAUGAGGCUGAUGGCAAGCGCAAAGGCAAGGUGAGGAUUGAGAUGAAGCAGAAAAAGCGGGUCCCCAAUGGAUCCGAAAAGGGCAAAAAGGCGGAACGGAAAAAGAAGAGCUCGUCGAGUGAAGCUCGCGGUGCUAAGAGCGCUGCGAUGGGUCGCAGAGCUUGAAGAGCACGCUGUCGGUCGGAUGCAAUGACAUGAGUCAGAAGACAGAUUUUUGCUGGUCGCUUGCGCUGUGUCAAGAUCAUGCCUUUUAAAAACUCGUUUAAGCCCAGCACUCCACGUUUAGCAGC